AAACAGUAGCCGAAGCUGAUAAAAACCCGUGAUCAGGUAGAAAGAAUUUACGUAUGACAAAGAAAAAGAGAAGAGGGUUGACAUGAAAAUAAGUCAUGGAUGAGGAAAUCAAUCAACUGAUUGAAUAUGACUCUGUUUCAAUGAGCACAACCUUGAUUGAGCAGGCUGAGGCCAUACAGGGGCUGUCUCAGACCGAGAUGCUGACUGCGGCCAGGUUAUCAGGGUUCCACACUGAGGAGGAUUCUGAUGGAGAGGGUUACACUGUAGACGACAUACAGGGGGUCCUGGAGAAUAAUGAAUACACAGAUGCCAUAUCUGUUCAGAGAGAAGAAUUGAAACCAGACAGCUUACCACCUGAAGGAGACCAGUCCUCUCAGUACUGUGAUGCAUGGAGUGCCAAACCAAGUGAUGCAAAAAAUUCCAAUCCUUCUACUUAUACAGCAGACAAUAGUUUGAUUCAACCAGGCAGUGACAUAGCCAUUACCUUAACACAACCACACUCCUCCCCUUCUGUGAUUCCAGAAUUAAAACCAGCCCCGGGGGAUUCUCUCCCCCCUCCCCUUAUCCCCCUACCCCUCAGUAAUGACGACAGUGAUGCUUCAGACAAAUCAUCAAAGAGCGGGUCCCCUGGUCAUGUGUUAAAAAUAGUGGAAUCCUGGGAGGGGAAUAUAGAUGAAUACAACUUAGUGGGACGGGACUCAAGAUCACCUCACUCUGGAUCAGCUGACACAAUCGAGUCCCCGAGGUCAGAUUCCUCGGGGGAUGUCUCCUCCCCCAGGUCAGGAACUCAGGGGCUUUCCUCGUCCCAGGAGAAGAAUCCGUGGAAACCCUCAGCCUACAAGACAGCUCCUCAACCUCUGCCAGGCAUGGUCAAACCCAGUAUAUAUUCCCUGGCUAGGAAUAGUAACCUGGAUCCUAACUUUGUCUCUGAACAAAUCCCAGAAGAGAAUCUAUAUGAAUGUGUCGCCCCUGUAGCAGAGACAGUGGUGAAGAAACCUUCUCCCUAUGAUCCACCAUGGUCAGACGACUACACUGACCCGACAGAGUCGAUAAAGGGAGGUAGUAAACCACCCAACAUGGAAAAUGGGAAAGAAUCAGACAGCAGCCAUAUUGACCCCACUACAGGUGAGUCUCUGUAUGACACACCUGAGAACUUCAGUGGAAGUUACGACCACCUCAACCUGUUCAAAGCUCGGAGACAGAAACCCAUAACAGAGGACCAGUAUGGCAUCCACAGUGGGAAAAGUCUACAGGCAUCCACAGAGCAGGGGAGAAUGUACAAAAAGAAACACACCAGGAAAGCAGAUACAAAAAAGAAAACUGUUAGAAUAUCACAGAAUCCUCCAAAAACAUAUGAAGUAGAAAAGCAUCCUGAAUUCCAGGGGUCAGGAAAAUAUGAUGAAGUUGCUGAUGAGAGUAGUGAGGAGUUCUACGAGCCCGUGGGUCGACAGUCCAGUCCCAGUGACCCCCGGUCCUCGACCAUUAACAGCGCGUUAUCCUGGGGGUCAGAUUUCAGCAGGGAGAGCUCUGAGGAGGAAGAAAAUGGGACAUUGGAGUACCCCGAUAAACCACUUCCCCCACUUCCUGACCCCUCCAAGUUACGACGAGCUUCACCCGAGGAGGAGUGUCCAGUCAAACCUGUCAACAUAAACCUAGAGAAACACCCACCGCCUUGUCUCCCACCCUCCCCAGAGGAGCUGACAAAGGAACAGGAGAAGAAAGCUCACGUGGUGAGGAACAUUAUAGACAGCGAGAAAUCCUACAUGGAUUCACUCAGUAGAAUUGUCAAUGACUACAAGAGUGAUAUCCUGUUCAAAUAUAACCUGGACAAAGAGUGUGUUCGAGUGGUUUUCUCAAAAGCCCAGGAAAUUCUCCAUCACCAUAUGAUGUUCCAGAUAGAGUUGGCAGAAAGUGUAUCUAAAUGGUACACGGAGGAGAAAAUUGGGGGAAUAUUCACAGCUUCAUUUUCUAGAGACAUGGUUGUGAAUGUGUACAGUGAAUAUGUGAAUAACUUUGCUAUGACUAUGGAGGAAAUUAAGGCAGCUCAAGUAUCUAAGCCAGGCUUAGAAGAAUUCCUUAAUAACAUGUCAAAGAGAAGUGUGGACCGCUUAAACCUGUUUGGUCUGAUGGUAAAACCAAUCCAAAGGUUCCCUCAGUUCAUCAUGCUCAUUAAGGAUUUGUUGAAGUAUACCCCACACCACCAUCAUGACCGGUCCUCUCUCCAGACAGCUCUGACAGAUCUGGAGAAUGUCACACACAUCCUUAAUGAGCGGAAGCGGGAGUCUGAGGAACUCUUCCAGGCCAAAAAACUACAAAAGGUCCUUAACUUUAAGGUUCCUGGAGAGAAACAGCCGCGUCUUGUCAGACAAGAUGACAUGGAGGAAAUGAGCCAAGACAGAAGUGUUGCCACUAAGGUCAGGAAGCUCUACCUACUGGAUGACUGCAUUAUCUGCUGCUCUGUUCAGGGGAAUAAUCAGAAAGUGAAGUGGAUGAAACCUAUACAUGAAUUGGAAUUAAAGGAUACUGCUAUCACUCCUGACAUGCAAAGUAUUUUGAGAGUCAACUCCAACAAAUUCAGUAUUCAGACACCUGUUGUAGAGUGUAAAGAGGAUGACCUUUUUAACCUUCACAGUGACAUCAGUGAUAUGAUGCAUGAUGUGACCGUCCUUGGACAAAUCAGCACAUUGGUCAACUCUCUCAAACUUUCCUACGAGUGUAUAACAGAGGAGAAAAUUCAAGAAGCCAAGGCAGAUCUACAGUUAAAAAUCCAGGCCAAAGACCAACAACUCCAGGUCCUCAAUAGUUCUACUAUCACCCUACAGGACGCCAAGUAUGGUGGGAAAGAGUAUAGGAGUAUUUUCCAAACCACUUCACCAGAAAUAAAACAGGAAUGGAGCAUUGACUUUAUCAUGACAAAACUUACUAAAGACCCACUGAACAAUCCCAGCUGGUUCAUGUCAGGUGUAUCUGGGAAACCAAAAUCUAUUCACCAACCAGCCAUGUAUGUCAAGCACAUGUCUGUAGACCUGCCCAAACACUUCACCAAGGUAAAGUGUGCUGUCCCUGUAUACCUGUCUGAUGGGGGAGGUAACUCUGACAACAGUUUGCAGCACCUUUGGGUUGUCACAACGUCAGAAACUCGGGCGCAGGUCUCCCUGGUGUCGGUCCAGACAACUAGACUCGCUCUUAUUGAGUCCUUCAAAGCAGCAGACACAGAGAUUGUUACCGUGGAAACAGUCCCAGCCAUCUCACUGACAGAACAAGAUGAACCCUUUGUAGAGGACACAAUUUGGAUGUCCACUGAAAAAUGCGAGAUACUGGUAUACAGUCUGUUGGAUGAGAAUGGAGUUAGAAAUUUUACCACUGGUGGACGAAAACCUCGCAGUAAAUUCUACUGUCAUGGCAUUGCCGUGGCAAUGAAAUACGCAGAUGACAGAGUGUUUGUUGGACUCAGGGACGGAAAACUAAUUAUUUAUGACAGAGACGAUACAACUGGGAAGUGGAAAGUGGAAGCCCCCAGUAUAGUAGAGAUAGGAUGUGACAUGCCCAUCUCCUGUAUCAUAGCUAUAGAGGAUGAAAUAUGGGUGGCAUGUAGCGACACAAUUUACAUCAUCCCGGUGGACGAAAAUCAAUUCAAGAACAGAAAACAAUUUUUACAAUGGGACCAGCUGGUGUGUGAUGGGGGCGCUGUGAUAUCAGAAAUGGUCAGAUCAGGUUGUGGCCUGUGGAUGUCCUUCAAGGACAAAUCUUAUGUCCGACUUUAUCACAUCGAGACCAAGGAGAACCUUCAGGAAAUUAAUAUAGGGUCCACUGUGGACAGAAUGAUGUCAGAGAGCAAAUACAGUUCUGAGGAGAAAAUUCCCAAGACUACAACUGUGACCAGUCUGAUGGCAAGCCGGGGGUUACUGUGGGUGGGGACAAGCCUCGGUAUUGUAUGUUCCCUCCCCUUACCACGGCUACGUGAUGGGGUACCUCUGAUAAAAGGCCGACCAGAUAUAUCACUUCAUUCUCACAAUGGACCAGUGCAGUUCCUUAUUCCCAUUUACUGCGGGACUGUAAACCUGUGGCAGAGAGCCCAGGGUCUACAGUCCACAGAAUCUCUGGCGUGGAGAGAGAACGCCACGAGUGUGAGGAGACGCAAAGGAAGCAGGGAUUCUGUUGAUGAAGACAUUCCAAAACAAGACAAAGAAGAUGAACAAGAGAUACCUGAGGGCAAAGCAAAUGGACCCCAGGUCACCAAAAUUGAAAAUAAUUUUGACAUUGGAAGCAAUGGUCUCGAUAGGCGAAAAUCAAAGUCAGCUGAAGACUUAGUUUCAAGAUCCCCUGUGGCAGAUUUUUUAAAAUCGGAAAACAUUCAGAGCAGAGCUUUGACACUAAGAACGGAAUUAAUGCAGAAGUUGGCCAAAAGAAACCUUGCUACCCCAGAUACCAGCUCUCAGGGGGAUGAAAACGAAAUUAGAAUGUACUAUGGCGAUUUAAUGUCAAAUGAGGAUUAUAGAAAAGAACAAGCACCAUUAAAACGUGACAUUUCACCACAAGGAAAUCCCAAACUACGUAAAGAUGAAAAAUCAGAGACCGGUAAACCAGUAAAUCUAAAGAAAAGAGUCUCAGAAAACUUUAAAAACUUCAAAAGAAGUAUUACUCAGAGGCCAUCUUUUCGAGCUCACGGUAGCGAGCGUGCGAGUGCGGUGUACGAGACGCUGAGGAGGAGGAACUGUAACGCGGUGGUGGUGGUGAGCGGUGGCGACGGCUACAUAGAUUGGAGGACUGCCACCCAGACACACAAAAUACACAGCACCGAGGCUUCCAUGAUGUUGUGGAUUUACAAGUUCUGAGAAAUCGACCAUUGUGUGCUAGUCUACUGGAGCCAGAUUUUCAUUUUCAGCGCUGAAUGAUAUAUUUUGUUUCACUUCAAGUAUUUAAUGGGAGAUUAAUG